UUAGCGGGGCCCCAGUGCGUGGCAGGAAGCGGAAGGAGGCCGAGAAGGCUUAAUCGACUGACGUGUCUCUAUCUGAGAAAGGAGCUGAAGGCUGUGCUACCACUUUGUCCUUCCCUUUUCCGCGUUGAGAGCGGCCAAGAUGGGGAUUAAAUUUCUUGAAGUAAUCAAGCCCUUCUGUGUUAUCUUACCUGAGAUCCAAAAGCCGGAAAGAAAGAUCCAGUUUAAAGAAAAAGUACUAUGGACAGCUAUCACCCUCUUCAUCUUUUUGGUUUGCUGCCAGAUUCCGCUAUUUGGUAUUAUGUCAUCAGACUCUGCAGAUCCUUUCUACUGGAUGAGAGUAAUUCUGGCUUCCAACAGAGGCACACUGAUGGAGCUGGGCAUUUCUCCCAUUGUCACUUCUGGUCUCAUCAUGCAGUUGCUGGCUGGUGCCAAAAUAAUUGAAGUUGGAGAUACGCCAAAAGACAGGGCUCUCUUCAACGGGGCACAGAAAUUGUUUGGCAUGAUUAUCACCAUUGGCCAAUCUAUCGUUUAUGUAAUGACGGGAAUGUAUGGAGACCCAUCAGAGAUGGGAGCAGGAAUUUGUCUACUUAUAACCAUUCAGCUUUUUGUUGCUGGAUUGAUAGUUCUUCUUUUGGAUGAACUUCUGCAAAAGGGGUAUGGUCUUGGUUCUGGCAUUUCCCUCUUCAUUGCCACUAACAUCUGUGAGACUAUUGUAUGGAAGGCAUUCAGCCCAACUACAGUGAAUACGGGCCGAGGUGUGGAGUUUGAAGGAGCCAUCAUUGCCCUGUUCCAUCUGCUGGCUACUCGCACAGAUAAAGUCAGAGCUCUCAGGGAAGCUUUUUACCGUCAGAAUCUCCCCAACCUUAUGAACCUGAUUGCCACCAUAUUUGUCUUUGCUGUUGUCAUUUACUUUCAGGGUUUCAGAGUGGACCUCCCUAUAAAAUCUGCCCGCUACCGUGGCCAGUACAAUACUUACCCAAUCAAACUCUUCUACACCUCCAAUAUUCCCAUCAUUCUUCAAUCUGCCUUGGUGUCCAAUUUGUACGUCAUCUCCCAGAUGCUCUCUGCUCGCUUCAGUGGCAACCUUUUGGUUAGCCUGCUGGGCACUUGGUCUGAUACUUCAACUGGAGGUUCUGCCCGUUCAUACCCUGUGGGUGGCCUCUGUUAUUACUUGUCUCCUCCCGAGUCAUUUACUUCAGUGCUGGAAGAUCCUGUCCAUGCAGUUGUUUACAUCGUGUUUAUGUUAGGUUCCUGCGCUUUCUUCUCUAAAACUUGGAUUGAAGUCUCUGGCUCUUCUGCCAAAGAUGUUGCUAAACAACUGAAAGAGCAACAGAUGGUUAUGAGGGGUCAUAGAGAAACCUCCAUGGUUCAUGAACUCAAUAGAUACAUUCCUACAGCAGCUGCGUUUGGUGGCCUCUGCAUUGGUGCCCUCUCUGUGCUGGCAGACUUCCUUGGGGCAAUUGGAUCAGGCACAGGAAUCUUGUUAGCCGUCACUAUCAUUUACCAGUACUUUGAAAUAUUUGUAAAGGAGCAGAGCGAAGUUGGCAGCAUGGGAGCGCUUCUCUUCUAAAUGAAUUGUCCCAUGGACCCUAUGGGAGGGUGAAGAGUGUUCUAGGAUUUUAAAAAAUCGGGUGAAAAAGAUUAACAGCGACACAGUAACAUGGGCACAUUGCAUUAAUAGGAACACUUGUUUUAAUGUUUUCCAAAGCACAUUCCUUUGGUUCAGACUUUGUUAAUAUUCAGUUAAUGUUUUAUAAAUCUCUGGAAAAUGUGCAAAAAAAACUUUUUAGAAAAGAAGUUUUUUGUUAAUUAUUGCUGGAAGCAACUGUCCUAAAAUCUGGUUUAGUUUUGGUUAUUUACUCUUCUCUGUUCUCCCCCCCCCCCGUCCUAUCCUGGAUUGCUGGAGCUUUUCCAGCUGCAGUAUAUAAGUGUGGGAAGGCAUCAGUGGGUGACAUCCAAUGGUGUCAGCCCACUUGCACAAUUGACUUCAGUUCAUCUAUAUGGGACAUCCCCUUGCCCUCCUCCCCCCCAUGCACACCCCAAAUCUGUUGUAGAGGGGCUGCAAGGAAAAGAGAGGAAAGGGAAGUAAUGUCUUGUUGGGCAAUGUUGGAUCUUGCCCCAUCUCUUCGGUAGUGAAAGAGAUCUUUCCUACCCCCUCAUCCCAAUUUGUAUCUUUUUGUUGUAAUUACAUGCCUUCACUCUUCCUCUAGGGUACUACAAAUGUGGGACUGCCAGAUAUGUAAUUGGGUACUCUGGGUCUUGUGCUUAAGUGCAGACUGUUGGCUCCUGACUGUUGCCUCACUUCUGCAGGUGUUAAUACAUUAUGUCUGUCAGUAGAAAACUCAGGUCAGGCUACUUCACAGGAAGAAAUCACCAUGCCUCAGAACUGUACGUUGAACAAGCACAGACCUUUUGCAAGUAAUUCCAUACAGGAAGCCUGAAAUUUCCCAGAUGGAUGUUGUCUGUAUUCUUAUAUCCUGAAAAGAACUGUGUGCUACAGUAUUCCUCCUGGAGGUUACCAUUCUCUUAGAGUUCUUAUCUGUCAUCAUGUUAAAAUAAGUUCUGUCCCAGCAGGUAUGAGUGCUAUACUCAUCCAGUUGCCUGCUUGCUGAAGAAUACAUAGAAGCUGCUACUUAUAAAACUUGCAUAUCGCUCCAGAACAUUUUUCUACCAGUUUUUUCCCCUGGCAUAGUGACUAGAAAUCAUGCAUGUUGCUGCCUGCAUAAAAUGGGUUUAAAGAACACUUUGGGUGCUCUUGCAACCUGACUGCAGGGCAGUGAUGGCAUUUCUCUGGAGGCCUAAUGGCUCUUGCUUAUGUUUAGGACAACUCCUACCAAAUAGGAGAAGUAGCCAUAGAGUCCUUGAGGAGUUUUGCCCCACCUUGAACAUUCCUUAAAGACUCAAAACAGGAUAUAUUGGUGGUUGUAAGGUGUAUUGUGUGUAUUGUGUAGGACAAAAUAAAAACACUUGGUAUAAAAUGAA